UCUAAUUUGAUACUUCCAUGUGGAAGGGCCAACUAAUAAGGAAAUCAUCUCCUGGGUUUUCCGUCUUUAACAUUCGCAAAUUCACCGAUCCUAAAUUAUCAUUGUUGCGAGCGCUCUAUAGUUCUGAUCUUAACGGUGCGUCGUCAAUGGCCGCUGGAGCUGCCGAACAGCAUAACUUUCCGAAAGAGGAGGAGAAUAUAUUGAAACUUUGGGAAAAGUUGGACGCUUUUCAGUCGUGCUUGCGCCAAUCAAAAGACAGACCAAGGUACAGUUUUUAUGAUGGUCCCCCUUUUGCCACAGGCUUGCCUCAUUAUGGACACAUUCUGGCUGGUACUAUAAAGGACAUAGUCACCAGAUAUGCUCAUCAGUCUGGUUAUCAUGUUGAGAGACGAUUUGGAUGGGACUGUCACGGCCUUCCAGUGGAGUAUGAAAUUGACCAGAAGUUGGGUAUCAAGAGUCCAGAUGAUGUGACAAAAAUGGGAAUAGCUAAUUAUAAUAAAGAGUGUCGCCAAAUUGUGAUGCGUUACUCUAAUGAAUGGGAGUUUAUAGUCAAGAGAAUGGGACGUUGGAUUGACUUUGACAACGACUAUAAAACACUCUAUCCUUGGUUUAUGGAAUCUGUUUGGUGGACAUUUAAACGGGUGUAUGAAAAAGGCUUGGUCUAUAGGGGAUUUAAGGUUAUGCCAUAUUCCACAAGAUGUAACACUCCAUUGUCAAACUUUGAGUCAAAUCAAAACUACAAGGAAACUAUAGAUCCAUCAGUUAUUGUGGACUUCCCCUUGGAUGAAGAUUCUAAUGUCAGCAUGAUUGCCUGGACAACAACACCUUGGACACUUCCCAGUAAUCUUGCUCUUGUCGUAAACCCUGACAUGGAUUAUGUUAAAGUCACAGACAACACCACAAACAGAGUUUAUAUAAUGAUGGAAGCUAGACUUGAAGCUCUUUUCAAAAAUCCAGAGGAGUAUACAAUUUUAGAAAGAUUUAAAGGAUCUACCUUGGAAGGAAAGACUUACAAACCUCUCUUUACAUAUUUUCAAGAUCUCAAGGGUAGUGGAGCUUUCAGGGUGUUAGCAGAUGGAUAUGUAACAGGUGAAAGUGGCACUGGAGUGGUCCAUUCUGCACCAGCCUUUGGCGAGGAUGAUUACAGAGUCUGCUUGGCAAGUGGAAUUGUAAAGAAAGGUGGGAAACUUCCUUGUCCUGUGGAUGCCAGUGGAAAAUUCACAAGUGAAGUUUCAGACUUCCAAGGGCAGCAUGUAAAGGAUGCUGAUAGGUUCAUUAUGAAGUGGCUCAAGAAGCAGCAAAGACUGGUUCAUCAAAGCACUCAUAAACAUAGCUAUCCAUUCUGCUGGAGGUCUGAUACACCAUUGAUUUACAAGGCUGUUCCUAGCUGGUUUAUCCAAGUUGAAUCUUUUGUUGACAAGCUUUUGGCCAAUAACAAGCAGUCAUACUGGGUUCCAGAAUUUGUACAGGAAAAACGCUUCCACAACUGGCUUGAAAAUGCUUAUGACUGGAAUAUAUCCAGAAACCGUUACUGGGGCACACCAAUUCCUCUGUGGGUCAGUGAUGAUUAUCAAGAGGUUGUUUGUGUUGGAUCCAUUGAUGAACUGGAGCAGUUGUCAGGAGUCAGAGUUAGUGAUCUUCACAGAGAAAGUGUGGAUGACAUCACAAUUCCCUCCAAAACAAACAGAGGAGUUCUAAAAAGAGUCCCUGAAGUGUUUGACUGCUGGUUCGAAAGUGGAAGUAUGCCUUAUGCACAAGUUCAUUACCCAUUUGAAAAUAAAGAGGCAUUUGAAGCAUCAUUCCCGGCUGAUUUCAUUGCUGAAGGAAUUGACCAGACAAGAGGAUGGUUUUAUACUCUUCUGGUGAUUUCAACAGCUUUGUUUGAUCAACCUCCUUUCAAGAAUCUCAUUGUGAAUGGACUGGUUCUUGCUGCAGAUGGAGCGAAGAUGAGUAAGAGAAAGAAGAACUACCCUGAUCCAAUGGAGAUUGUCAACAAAUAUGGAGCAGAUGCUCUAAGAUUGUAUCUCAUCAAUUCACCAGUGGUGAGAGCAGAAACUCUCAAGUUCCAGGAGAAAGGAGUGAAGGAUAUCAUUAAAGACGUGUUCCUUCCAUGGUAUAAUGCUCACCGAUUUCUGUUGCAGAAUAUUCAGCAGAUGGAAAGGGAAGGAAGAAAGUUUGUUUAUGAUGAAGAUGUUCUGUUGAAUUUGGGCAACACACUUGAUCACUGGAUCAUUUCCUUUACUCAAAGUUUGGUGUUGUUUGUCCAUCAAGAAAUGGCAGCGUAUCGUCUGUACACUGUUGUUCCUCGGCUGGUCAAGUUCAUUGACUAUCUGACCAAUGUGUAUGUGCGGAUGAACAGAAAGAGACUCAGGGGGGAGUGUGGGGACAAAGAUCGUUACGAGUCACUUCAGACGCUGUUCAGUGUUGUAUUUUCUAUCACAAGAUUAAUGGCGUCAUUCACUCCAUUUCUCACCGAGUUCAAUUACCAGUCUCUGCGGCCUUUCAUUCCAGAAACUAUGAAAAGCGGAGAAACAGAGAGUAUUCAUUAUCUGAUGAUUCCUAAGGCCAGGGAAAAUCUCAUCGACGAGGAGGUCGAAAGAAGAGUAGCCCUAAUGCUGACAGUGAUUGAACUAGGUCGAGUCGUCAGAGAGAGGAAAACUCUACCGUUGAAGUAUCCCCUCCCUGAGCUUGUCGUCAUUCACCAGCUGCAACAGAGCCUUGAUGACGUGUUGUCUCUGGAAGACUAUAUCAAACAGGAAGUGAAUGUGAGAAAGAUAACAGUGUCGUCAGACAAACAGAGGUUUGGGGUUCAACUCAAAGCUGAACCUGAUAAUCAGACCUUGGGGCGCAGAUUAAAAGGUGCCUUCAAGCAAGUGUCUCAAGCAAUUAAAGGUCUUUCAGACCAGGAAAUACAAGUGUUUCAGGAGAAAGGAGAGCUGCUGGUGGCUGGGCACUUACUGAGUGGAACAGAUAUAAAGGUGAUGUACUCAUUUGAUCAGAAUGGAUCGGCGCCGUCAGCAUAUGAAGCAUACUCUGACGGAGAGGUACUUGCCCUUUUGGAUGUCACCCCGGAUCAGUCUUUGCUCUCUGAGGGUGUGGCACGGGAAGUGGUCAACCGAAUUCAGAAACUGCGGAAAAAGGCUCAACUUCAGCCAAGCGACGACAUCACCAUUGUGUUUGACGUUACACAAGGCGGGUUAGGUGACGUCAUCAGGGAGCACAAAGGUUACAUUGAAGACAGUGUAAAACAACCUGUUGUGUCCAGCUCCCUCGCACCAAGCUUGCCUCUAAUAAUUUCCGAGGAAACAGAGGUUAAAGGUAGUAUGCUUGAUCUGAAGUUGCUGAAAGGUCAUCAGACUGCAAAUAAGGAAAUGACUGUCGGAGAACCGCUGUGCAAAUUUGUGAACGUACAACUGUAUAGAGGCGGAGCCGGGUUAGCCAAGGGGACUGUGCUUUUGGAGAAUCCCAAGGGAAGCCCGGUCAUUUCAUUGGAUCAACUGAAGCGACAGGUGGCCGUGAUGUUUGAUCAACAGGAAAGUGCUUUGAAACUGUCUUUGUCCCCAAAAUGUGAACCAGUUCUUACCAACAAAGACAUGUCCAAAUUACCUGGUGCUCAAUUGUACGCUUUUGUCACAGGCUGAAUUUGGCCAUUUUGAAUCUUGUUUACGGUAGUUUAGUGUAUUACUGUUGGCGUCCACAUCUGUUUUAAAGGCUAGUUUUCCCAAGUCACUAACUGUGGGGUUUUGAGCUGCAUUGGGUCCAACAGUGUUUGAAUUGCAAGUGAAGGGUGAUGUUGAUGACAAUUUAGUCAUGUAAGUUGUCCCACUCAAAACCUUUUUUAUUUAACAAUAUCCUAACAUUGCCUUUUGAGAGAAUCGUAAGGGUAUUGUGUUUUGAUGAAUUCUCUUCUCUUUUUUUAAACUGAAUCAGAAAGCAAAAAAUUGUGGCAAUUACUGUUCCCUUAUUAUUAAAUAAUUAAUCAGCACGGUACACGUCAAUUCUAGCAUUUAAAAGUUGUUUUUAGAGUUCUUCAAUAAACAAAGUAAAUUCAA